AUGGCCGCGUUGUCCCUACACAACGCGAUCUUCUCGCCAACAACCCACGACGGGCCGUCCCUGAGCCCGUCCGCGAGCAACUCGGAGAAUUCGCACCACGACCGCGCGCGCUCGGGGAGCACGCCGACUUUGACGCCGAGCGCGGGCGAGUAUGCGCACCCUACAGAGCCCCUUCUGCGCGCAGAGACGGGCGAGGCGCUUGCCUACCUCGAGCUCCUGUCCAGGCAGCCGAAGCACCCUGACGCGCCGCCCGAGGCGUGGGACAAGGCGCUCUCUUUGCAGGGCGAUCCGGCGAGCCCUGGCGACCGCAAAGUUUUCUGGGAAAGCGCGGCGCGGCGGCGCUUGCGACGGUUCAGGUGGAUAAAGCUUGCGCUUGAGGCGAUCGUUGCCGUAUGGAGCGUCUACAGUGCUGUUCGGUAUUUCAUGGCAUUCUCGCACUACUGGGGGACGGUGCCUCGAGCGCUCACGGCUGCAAUGGGCGCGUGCGCGACGGUCUCCGCGGCGCUCAUCAUGCUGAACAUGAGCCUAUGUGUCGCCAUGCCAAGCUUGCUGGUGCCUACGGUCUCCUGGAAGGGUUUACUCCGGCUAGAGAACGUCGCUGCAUACACGGGGUCCCUUCUCUUUGCCAUCCCAACUAUCGUGAACGUCGCGCUCGUCAACGUCUGGCAUAAUUCGCCCGAUAUCGAUGUCAGUCUCUCCUUUCGCUGCCAUCUCGAUGUCGACAUUCUCUGGGCGACGGGCGGGUCCUGCGAACCGCCAACUUGGGAAGCAUACCUUGGUCUUGCCGUAAUGCGGUUGGUUCUGAGCUUUGCCAUAGUGGGCAUAUACCUCAGAGUCGUCUACAAGUUUCAAACGAUCCGGCGACCUGCACUCACCCUCAGCAAUCUCAAAGGUCAACCGAACGCGGCACACAUGACUCAGUCGACGGUUUCGACUCCCUUCACUGACCUGCCAACCCCGCGGCGACGCGACAGACGCUCGCAUGGAUCACAUGGAAAAGCGGCGUCUUCUGCGAAGAGCGCUACGGAUCGAGGACCUUCGCAUCGUCACUCCGCGACAUCCCUCUCAACGGGCGAGAACUCACCCUCUGAGGAAGACUCUGACGAGGUAGUGACCCCGCGCGCAUCCCACAACGACACCGACCAAGAGCUUCGAGUCUUCGCCGAACGCUUCCGCACGCUCAUGGCCGAGAUAUCCGAGGAAGCUGACGAUGCGGUGGCCUAUGCGCGCCCGGACUCUGCACUCGGGUACAACAGCGAGAUGCACGCGGACGAGCACUCGCCUACGGACAGCGAGUUCCUACACGGUCGCAACGGCGAAUUCGAUCCAUACGUCUUCGACGCCAGCUACCAGCCGCACCCGCUACAGGGCGGGACGCCGUUCAUCGGGCGCGACGAGUUCGGGCGGCCGUACCCACCCGACGGUCUGGUGCGGGUGCUGAACGGCUACGUGCGCCGGAUGCCGACCAUCGAGAGCCUGGGGUCGCGUGAGUGUGGGUGGAGCCGGCCCGCGACGCGGACAACGAUGUUCAGCAUGCAGACGGGCGGCAGCGAAGGUGGGCGGAGCCGCGCGAACAGCCUGAACGCGCUAGCGAUGACGCCGACGAGCGAGGCGGGAGGUGGGCUCGAGGCGGCGCUGGCCGAGGACGGGCGGCAAAGUCGAGGCGCGGAGUCGAGCACAAGCCGGGCGGACAGUAUGGGGCGGGCGAGUGGCAGGACGGGCGGAACGCAUCCGUCGGCGUCGUCGAGGAGUACGAACUCGUUCUUCUCGGCCACGGGCGAAGAGCUCAUGUCGAGUCCGACGAGCACAGAGACACACAUGCCACCACCUCGCACGCCGCCGGAGAGCUGA